CAUGCGCAUGACGUAUCAGCCGGUGGAAUUUAUUUCACGAGUUUUCUUUGUGUUGAUCGCAGAUUACGGAAUGCAUUAAUGCAAUAUUGCAGAAGCCGAUAUCGCAAGUAUUCGGCAAGUAGUUCGUCAAUAGUUUGCGCUAGCAGCGCGAGAUACUUGCGUAUGCUGGCUGACAGUUUGUAGUAGAAUCAAGCAGAACCAAAUAAGCUGCAAAGAGAAAUCAUUGAAUUAUUUUCAAAAAUAGUCUACUUUUGUAUUUUCUCGAUCAUGUUCGCAGCAAGACGUGUCCUCGUCUCCAAUACAAUCAAGGAUGUAUUUGCAAGAUCAAAGCACUCGCUUCCAGAUCUGCCAUAUGAUUAUAAGGCUCUGGAGCCAAUCAUAAGCGCAGAGAUCAUGCAGCUUCAUCAUUCCAAACAUCACGCUACAUAUGUCAAUAACUUGAACAUUGCUGAGGAAAAGCUAAAAGAGGCAGUUGCAAAAAGUGACGUUAACACACAAAUUGCUCUGGCUCCAGCCAUCAAGUUCAAUGGCGGUGGUCAUCUCAACCACUCAAUAUUCUGGUGUAACCUUUCACCUUGUGGUGGCGAUCCAGAUGCUGCCUUCGUGAAACAAAUCGAAAAGGAUUUUGGCAGUUUGGAAGAAUUGAAGAAACGGUUAUCUGAAACAACUGUGGCAAUUCAGGGUUCUGGCUGGGGUUGGCUUGGAUAUGAUCAAAAAGCUAAGUCCCUCAAAAUAGCAACUUGCGCGAAUCAAGAUCCGCUGCAGGCGACAACCGGUCUUAUUCCUCUCUUUGGCAUCGACGUAUGGGAACAUGCCUAUUAUUUGCAAUAUAAGAAUGUACGUCCCGACUAUGUGAAGGCGAUCUUUGACAUUGUCAAUUGGAAGGACGUGAACGCGCGCUUCAAAACCGCCACCGGCUGUUAAGAGUCAAUAGAGACGUUUGAAUAUGUUUUUAAAAUAUGAUGUUAGAAUGACGCUUUUUUGUAUAGGGUUGGUAUAUCAUCACGAAUUUUCGUCACGUACAACACGCCUGUGAUUUUCUGUAUGCUUUUCUUUUUCCAAACUGUAAGACUUGUGUACUGUUAUAAAUUAUAUACACAAAUAACGAGUAAACAAACGUAAGCAAUA